GCCUGUGGUUGAUGGAUGCCGUCUCCUGGGAGCGGGGCACAGCUGCUGUGCUGCACAGCCCUGACCCCCAUCUCCCGGGGAUUGCUGAUGCAGAGCCCAGCUAAGGGGAGGGAGAGGAGCAGCUGUGCAGGUGUCCCAGGAGCUGGCUUGGUGCUGAGGCAGUGCUGGAAAGGCUGGAAGACAGUGGGUGUUGCCCAGGAUGGAUGUGAUGAGGAUAAACAUGUUGCUCCAUAGUGCAGUGAUGCAGAAGUCGGGAAGCACUUCGUUCCUGAGCCCAGGGGAUGGUGGCUGGGAGGGCUGAGCACUCCUUCUGGAUGAACCUGGUUGUGGCAAUGGAAAAUACCCAGGAGAAGCCCCUGUGCCAUGGCCAGACCUCGCCUGGAUCUUUGCUGUGUGGGCCCGCACUUGUUGACGAGGACAGACCUCCUCUCCCGGCCAUUAGGGAAGCAGCUAAUUAAGCUCUGUAAUGUUCCUGGGAGGUCAGCAGGAGACGUGCCAGCGUUGCAGCAUCUCCCAGAGCCUGCACUGGGGCAGGAUCUGCACACAGUACCCAGGGACAGGGGGAGCUGCCCUGAUCCUCCUCAUUCCACUGUGCUCUUUGUCCUGGUGCUGGUGGGAUGAUGCAGUGCUCAAUGCCCCGGGACAGAACCCAAUAUUCCCUGCCUCAGCUGGGCUUAGGAGAGAGAACUCCUGGCUGGGAUGUCCCAAUGCUCCCAGCAGCCUUCGGCAUGGCUCCAGCAAGGCUGGGCAGUGGGGAGAGAGCCUGUACAAAUAUUAUUGUUGUUGUUAUUCCCCAUAAAUAUAUGCAGGCACUUAACGACCUUGGCAUGGAGCAUUUCCUGGGGAUUCAUGACCAGUUGGCGUUAAUGGUCUUUAGCUGCACCUCAGGCCAUCAGCUCCUCCCAGCCCAUCAUUAAUCCACAGGAAAUGUCUCAAGCAUCGAUCCUCAUUGCUUAAUUAAUAAAUGCAACUUGUCUCCUGCCUGAGAUUUAGAGAUACUCACUGCUUCUCUCCCUGCUGCUUUGAAGGUGACUUUUUUAGCACAGGUCCCUCACGCUGGGAGGCCCUCGUGGGAUUUUGUUUCCUGGCAUUCAUGUGGGUGUGGGCUGUGGCAGCAGGAAAGUCUUUUCUCUCCUGGGCGGGAGGGAAGGAACUGAGCCGCUGUUGGGUUUGGGGUUUCUCCAGCUAAUGUGGCACAGCACAAGGAGCACAUCUUUCCCACCAAACACAAAGGCUUGCUUACCUUCAGCUGAGCGCAUCCAAGAGCCUGGGCGAGAAGUAGCGUGAGCCAGCAUGGAGGAACGUGGCAAUUCUCCAAGGCCUUAGCAGGUUCUAUAAUAAUCGAUGUUUUUUGCCCAUGAGUCACAAUUCAUCUCUAAUCUUCCUCGGGGGAGGUGGGAUUUGCUAUCUUUAGUGCUCACGACUGCUGCUUUCCCGGGCUGAGCAUCCCGCUGAGCCUGGACUCCUGCUGCAGGGAUGCUGACCUGGCAGCCGGCGCGGAGACACGGCCACGUUUCAAUCCUGCUCCCUGUUUCUCUCGCCUUCACCACCAGCUGCCUUUGUGCAGUGGGUGCCGCAGUAUAAAUCAUGUUAAUUCCUGAGAUGCUUUUCCGCGGUAAGUCUGAAAUUCCCAUUUUGGUUCGCUGGCUUGCCUGGUGAACUAAAUUAUUUUCAUAGCCCCUUAAGGGCAUAUUGUCAGCCCAGACUUACUGCCGUUAUACACCAUUUCUGAAACAUUAAUAUCUCUUCUAAAUAUAGUGUAUUGACAAGGUAUCUGGUAUAGUGUAAAUCCUUGGGACAUUUGAUCCAGAUCAUUAAAACUGAGUGAAGGAAGGGAGGAAUAGAUCAAGUUACCUUGCUGCUCUUAAUUCAAACAAGCGAUGAAUUAUUCAUUCCACUAUUAAUUCUACAGUCCUCCUGCUUUUUAUUUAUUUCUCUCUUUAUUUAUUUUUUUCCUCCCAGAUAGACAGCUCCAAAAGGAAGCUCGGUGAGGGGAGAUUUGCCUGCUGGAGGAUGGGGUGCACAGGGCUGGGCUGUCUGGCAGCACUGGCCAUGCUCUGUGGGGCUCUCGGGGAUGCUCCCAGCAGAGGCAUCAAAUGUGGGGGAGUACUUUCAGCACCUUCUGGCAAUUUCUCCAGCCCCAACUUCCCGGGGCUGUAUCCCUACGAGACAGAGUGCACAUGGCUCAUCGUGGUGGCCGAGGGCUCCUCCGUCCUGCUCUCCUUCAGCCACUUCGAGCUGGAGUACCACGACACCUGCGCCUACGACUACCUCCAGGUCUACAACGGGGCUGCCCGGGACCAGGGCAACCUCCUGGGCACCUUCUGUGGCCACAGCCCCCCGCCACCCUUCUCCUCUGCCUGGCACGUCAUGGCUGUGGUCUUCCGCUCCGACCGACACGUGGCCAAGCACGGCUUCGCCGCUGCCUACAAGAAAGACGCCUGCGGUGGGCAGCUGACGGGGCUCUCUGGGGAGAUCACCAGCCCCCGCUACCCCGAGAGUUACCCCAACGAUGCCGAGUGCCGCUGGAGCAUCGGUGGGGCCGGCGGUGGUGGCCCCCUCACCCUGGUGUUUGCUGACUUCCAGAUGGAAGGGGGCCAAGGCUGUGGCUUCGACUACGUGGCCCUUUUUGAUGGCCCCACCGUCACUGCCCCCCGCCUGGGACGUUACUGCGGCAGCGCCCGCCCGCCCCGCACCAUCUCCUCCACCCCACACCUCUUCAUCAUCUUCAAGUCAGACUUCAACAUCGGUGGCAGGGGCUUCAAGGCCCAUUUCUACUCGGGCGAGUGCCAGGAGGUGUUUACCACCAUCAAAGGGAAUUUCUCCAGCCCUCAGUACCCCAACUUCUACCCCAACAACCUCAAGUGCCAGUGGAGCAUCCAGCUGCCCCCAGGCUACCGGGUCAAGGUCUUCUUCCUGGAUAUGGAGCUGGAGGGCCGGAGCAGCCUGACGGGUGGCUGUGACUACGAUCACUUGUCUGCCUUUGAUGGUGGCACCGAGAACGGGUCCCUGCUGGGACGGUGGUGCGGGCGGGAGAGCCUGGCACCCGUCACCUCCCGCAGCAACCAGCUGCUCCUGGUCCUCCACACCGACCGCAACACGGCCAAGAGGGGCUUCUCCAUCUCCUACGUGGGAGUUGUGCCCAUGAACGUCAGCUGCACCCGGACAGACUUCCACAUCCAGAUCCCCAUGCAGUCCCUGGCCCAGCUGGAGAGGAAUAGGAUUUAUUUGGGGACCCCCUCCUGUGCAGCCCAGGUGGUUGGCAGGAACUUUAAAAUACACACCAGGUUCGACACCUGUGGCACUGAAUCUCAGAGACGCAACAACACGUCUGUCAUCGUCAGCACCCUCUACAUUGAUUUUUCAGUGGGAGACCAGGAGGACAUCCACCAGUACGAGGUGCAGUGUGAGCCAAAGAAGAAGGAAGCCUCAGUGACCCUUAUCGCUGGUCCUGAUCCAUCCAGGCUCAGCCAGGCAGAAAACCUGGUGGAUGCCCAGCAGUGGGAGGGGGAAGUGAUCAAUGCCCGUGAAAUCAAGAGCCAGGACACCAGCGACAUCAUCUUCAUCAGCAUCUGCAUCCUGGCUGGGCUCCUCAUGGUCAUUGCAGUGGUGGGGCUGGUGCUUCUGUAGGAUGUUCUUUCCACUCUCCAGGGAUUGCAGUCCCAGUCCAGGGCAGAAGGGCACCCCAAAAUCCACCCUUACCCCAGGCUAAACCCUAACACAGCUACCCAAACAGAAACACAGCUCCCAGGCCCUGAAACUGAGCCUGAACCCAACCUCCACCUUCUCUUAGUGCCUGAAAAUUCUGGGCAAUAGGCAGCCGUUUCCCUUCCCAAUUUGUUUUCCUCUGUCUCAAUCUGUCCAUUUGGCUCAGGAAUGCAGUUCUUGCGCUCCCUAACUCUUCCCGCACCUGCUUCAAUUUGUUUUCCCUGUAGUGCUGCUGCUUUCAGGAAAGUAACGUUGUUUGCCGAUGGCUGCAAAUCUUCCUGUCAAUUAUUUCUAGCUGAAUUCUUGGAUGUACAAACCAUCCCCAAAUGUAGCUAUAUUCCCAACAAAUGUUCUCCGUGCUCCCGGCCCAUGCUUGGGGGGGACUGUGGAGCUGUGUUACAGGGAUCUCCACCUGGCACACACAGAUGUAGCUCAUGUAGGUGCUCCCAGGUGAUGUUUCUGGGUGUCUGUGGGUGAUGUGAUGAGACGCAUUUGCUGUGCCCUGGAGCUCCUCGUUUGAUCUUCUCAUGUUGUCUCACUUCUCGCAGGACUCACCUGAGUGCCUCAGCCACCAGCAGCUGGAGGGGAGGAGAACAAUCCUCUUCUCCUCUGUGUUUUCCUCCUUUCUAGCAUAUCCAGGUGUCCACGGCUGAAAACUCUCUACCAGCAUUACUCCUGAAGUUUGAAAAUACAGGUAAAUCCUGCUAUGGCUUGGGGAGAUGUUGGAGUGCAGAGGUUUUGGUAACCCUAUAAAGACAACAAAGCAAGAGGGGCUGGCUCCUCUGGGACCUCAGUGACACCAGAUCUCCACUCGUGGCUGAAAGGACUGAUGUCCUGCUUCCCUCUGGGACUGUUCUGUUCAUUGGAGGAAGCAGCAGCCAAGGAAUAGGAUGAUGAUCCAGCAGCUUUUCCUCCUGGAUUGCACCAGCCCUGCAGGAGUGUCUGGGGAGGGAAGAAGGCACAGAGCUGCGCAUGCCUCCUAAUGAGGAGCCUUCGUUAUCGGAGCCCGGAUUGAUUUGGCGUUUGUUGGUGCAACACAUCGGCAAAUGAGAGAUUUCCCAGGGAAAUAUUUGCCAGCACCGUUGAGCUCCAUUAAGGGAAUGUUUUGAGAGCCUGUUGUGUGCAGAGAUGGUAAACAAGGCCAGCCUCCCCCACUGCCUGCAAAGCCUCACUGCUGGUUAAUUGCUGGGUAUAGAACUGUCAGCUUGAGACCAUAGUUACAAGACUUGACAACUGAAAGAAACUUAAAGAUAUAAUUAACCUUCUUGGUGGCCCAGAUUUUGCUGAAACAGGUGAGCACUGCGGCUGCUCGUGCCUGGCAGGGAGCCCACAGCACCCAGCAGCAUCCAGCCCUUGCCUGGAGGACAGAUAUUCCUCACCCAGCCAGAGCCUCCAGAACCCUGCGAUUUGCAGGGGAAAAGGCUUUUCUGGAUGGUUGUUGGUGUUGCACUCAAAUAAGGAGUUGGACCUGGUCACCCCAGGGAGGGUUUCCAGCUCUGGCCCCAGUUCACAACCACCCAGGCGUCCCUGGGUGAAGUGCUCCCCUGCACACAUCCCUGCAGAUGCAGGAUUGGUGCUGUGGGAGCAGCUCUGCUCCUGAGUCAGGGGAAUCCCCAGCAGCCCCAGGCCUGCAGGGUGUUUUCCAGGGGACAUGGACAGGGUGAUUAACACAUGUCUCCAAAAGCCCUUUACCCACUUGUUUUUGAUGGCAUUUACGGCUGUAUCUGCCACCAGCAGUGAGCCACUCGAGCCAGUCUCACUUGGAGCGAGGAAAGCCUCUGGUGCUCACCAAAUACCAGCCUGCCAGUCCUCCUGCACCAUGUCUCAGCCUCUCCACUAGAUUUAGGCAUCCAGUCUCUCCCUGCCCUGCAGGAAUUUGCUCACUGGCAUCUCCUGUUAAGUCAGGUCUUCCCUGACUUACUGCCCCGGCUGGAGCUGGAGCCCAGCAGGGAUGGGGGAGCUGCCCAGGUAAUUUCCUGAAACAAGCCCUUCUUCUCAUGUAAAAGCUUCUCAGAUGAGUGGCAAACAGAUAAUGGAAUCCAUCACCAGCAUUCCUUCCCUCCACUGUGUCUGUGCUCCUCACACAUCAGGCCUCAGUUUCCCUCCUUAGCAUUUGCCCACUGCUUCCUGAGCAAGCGGGAGCGCGGCAGCCACGGGCAGUGCUCCCAUUGCUCAUCUGAUUAUUUAUUUAGAGCAUGAUGGCUGGAUUGAGCCAGGCUGGAUGCAGCCUCCUCGUUUCCUGGCUUUGCUUAUGGAUGUGGAGUCUUGUCUCUCCAGAGCAGACAAAGGUUUGGCUGUUGUGCAGGAGGGAGAGCCUCUCUUACCCCUCUGCAAACAUCUGUGUGCAAAUCCAGUGAAGAAUUGUUGGAAAAUCGUAGAUCAUAGAAAAUGGCACUGCAAGAGCCCCCAGGGGAUCAGUUGGUUUAUUCCUCUCCUUCCCUGGGGAGAUCGCUCCUACCGGAGAGAAGCUGUGCUAAAAUAUCUGAAAAAUCUCA